AUGAUCUUUCAGUAUGAUGUUCUGUUAUCUCUUAGACAAAAUGAUCAUCAGCGAAAAGAGCACCCUCGAUUACGGUCUGAUCUUCAACGUCAGAGAACAUCAGGGUUACGGCGAUGUCCUGCAUUUGAAAACACGUAUUUACCCGGGAAACAGUUUUCAUCACCAUUACCAUGUGAACAACAACGUAGAUUGUAUAAAAAAGAUCAUGUACUGUCGCGAUCAUGGAAUCCAGAACGAUACGACUAUCGUCAAGUUUUUACGAAGGUAGCAAAUCAGAAGCUCUUAGAACAAGUCGAUAAGGCUACAUUAUCCUCCGAUUACAAUUAUGUAUUUAGUAGAGAGUAUGCGAAUUUGCGAGACACCUUAACAGUAUCACCAGAAUUGAUGGGUUAUCCCAUCCAUUGUCAGGUCACACUGUAUGAUCAAAAAUUAGCAAAUGUUACGAAAAGACGAGAAACUGAAAUUAAUAGGCGAAAAGCUAACUUAAGACAGCAAACUCUUUCGCAUUCAAUAUCUAAUGAGAAAAUAAGUCAGGAAUGCUUAGAACUGUGGGCUGAUCGACGGAAUCUGGAAGUACAUGGAGUUCACCAGCAGCAACAGUCAUCUACUGAAAAAUCUGCUUCUACAUCCUUUGAGUCAAAUACGGAACCGAUUCAGCGAGAUCAAUCUGAUUAUCGACGAAGAUCCUCUUUCUUACACGUACUUCGUUCUGCUAACUACAAGCGACAACAAUACCGAAGCUUAUUAACACACCGUAAGAGUGAUCGACGAAGAGUAAAUCCGAGUAAAGUCUCGUUAAAUGACGCUUUUCCAACAGAUUCCAUCGCACCAAUGGUAAUAAAUGUGGAAACGUUUUCUACUGAUUCUACUAAAUCUGACCAAACAGUAAUAUCUCAUGGUCUUUUGAAAAAGUUUGUAUAUAAGCAUAAAAUUGCAUUUGCAAAUUUGUUUUGUAAUGCUUUGUUCGAAGAAACGAGCAACGGUGUGGGAUACGAAUCGCCCAGUGUUUCUAGCGAAUCGAAAAGCGAACAACAAACUGUAAAUCAGCCUAUCAAAGCACAGUCCUGCGCUUACUUCAAUAUUUUUUCUUCUUCCGUACCAACUAUACGUCCUCCUGCAAAUGCUAGCACAGAUGCAACGAGUUAUACAAUCGGGGACUGUCUUCGCCGAGAUUACAGUAUUGACUCGGAAACUGACCGUUUAUUUCAAGAAUUUGUGCGGUUUGAUCCACGCUAUGAUAAACCAAAUCAUAGUAUCACUCAACAACGCGGCCACUCUGCUCAUCGUAGGUAA